AUGGGUCUGGCGCACUCUGCGACGUCGCAGAGGCGAUGUCGUGGCGAGCUGCGAGACCCAGAAGACGAGUGUCGUCUCGCCCAUUACCGCGUCACCCUCGACGUCGUCGUCCGAUUCUUCGGCUCCAUCGCCGUCGUUGGCGUUUUGGCCGGAAUUUAUUUUUCUGGAAGACCCAGUCACAUCAUUCCGGAGGAACAUAUGGAUUUUGUUCUCGAGGCUCGGAAGACCUUUCGGGUAGGUUCUACAGAUUACUUUGAAGUUUCAUUCUGCCCGAAAGCUUCAAUUUUUUGGAGCUUCUUUGACAUUCUUUCAUUGAAAAUCCACUAAUUUUAAAUUCAAUAUGGCUCGUGACAACGGUGAAUCACCGGGUAAAAAACUGAAAUUCUCAAUAAUUCUUUAUUCAAUCAGAAAUUUAAGAGAGCAACCUUCCACGUUCCAUCUCGAACUCACUGGAAACAUUUUUUUCGCGUUUUUUUUUUUUUAAUUUUGAUGUUAAAUUUUUUUGUGUUGCAAACUACUCGUUUUCCCGAAGCUCGUUUUGGAAUUGGAAAAAUCUUAUUUGUCGCUUGUUUAAUUACCGAUAAACGAGCAUUUUCCGAAAAAGGGAGCAGACUAUGCUUUCCAGUCUUUUUCAGAACAAAAAAGGUAAAUAGGCGACAAGUAUGACGUUUCGAGGCAAAAAGUGGCUUGAGGUGUCAAAAAGGCAAUGUUCUCGUCCUCCGCCGUUUUCUCUGGAAAACUUGUCGUCAACUGCUUUUUAGGGCCUGUCCGAUUGGGCAACAAGCAUCUCAAAACACGACAUGCAGAAGCAAAUCAAUUCAUUUUUAUAGAACAAAUGAAAAAGCUCUGUUUUUUCUCUGAUAACAUUAUUUUCACAGCAUCCCAAAUCUCAAAAGUGCUAAUUCUCAGAAUGCUACUCGCGCCGAAUGAAACAAAGCAUUGAAAUUCAAUUUUUGAAUUAUUUUGUAGUUCCUUCAAAGCUGCCUUGGAGCGAUAUAUUCAUAUAUGAAAGAUAGAUAUAAAAGCCAUGAUACGUUGUUAGAGAAAUACUCUCGGAAAAAGAGAGGUUGCGACGUCUCUGUAUUUUUUUUUUGUUAAUCUGAGGGUAAAUUGAGUAAACCGUAUAUUUGAUAAAGACUUGAUUCAUUAUUAUUUUUGGGGAGUUGAAUAUCCUGUGAUUUUUAGAGAAAAAAGUCCAUUGAAAGGUGUUUUUAGAAUUUAAAAAAAAAUUUUUCCAAAAAAAAAACCAGUUACACCAACCAAACUACUUUUUCGAUGUACAAAUACAGAAAUAAGCAGCUAAAACGUCGUUGAACUCAGUCAAUGAAACCGGUUCGAGAGAUAAAGUGAAAGUCAAAGAGGAGAAAUCGGAGAAAUCGACGUCCGAAAAGUUGCAAAUUCCAAGACGCAAACUUGCAAACAAAACAAGAUGCAUCCAUAAAUUCAGUUGGAAACUAUUUCGAUUUUUUAAAAUUUGGCUUUUGUAUUUGUUUUAAAAACAGCGGAAUGUCAAAAAUUGACCGAAUACUCAGUGCAAAGUUUGCAUUUUUCUGUAACAAAAACACUGCAAAAACCACAAGACUGUAUAAAAACGAAAACCUACUGACUCUAAACCGAUUUGAUUUCCCUUCUUGACUUCAAUAGUUACCAAAAAUGGUCAAAAACGAGGCGAGACCAAAAUUAUGCUUUUAGUUUUACUUUUCUACUUAUUUACAAUGUCCAGCUUCUCAUUCCCAGAAGUAUUUUUUAAAAGUAAUUCUCUGCAUAUAACUUAUGUAGGGUUGUUUCGAGUUAGCACGAAAUAUAAAAACCUGUGUUUCUGCAGUUUUUCGCCAACGGAAACGGGUCGAUCUACACGCCGACGGCGAAUGGACCAGUGAUGGUAGAUCCUUGGCUCGAGAAUAUGGUCAUCGACACGGUCGAGCGCUACGCCUUCGGCACGACCCAAACCAACUAUUGCCAUGUUUGCAAACUUUUUUCUGUACCUUUUGGGAAGGAUGAUUUCAGUUGAGAAACGCCUCUGUGCAGGAAUGGGGCACUUCCUUGUUUCGUGCCAGCCAGCUCUUCGUUUCGGUUCAGGUUCUAUUAAAACAAAGCAUAAGCUAAAGUCUUAUAUCGAAAAAAUAGGUGCCAUUCCGAAUGGCGAUCCUUGUUCUAUGCCACAUUCAAAUUCUGCAAAUGUUGAUUUUCGCCAAGGCGUUCUACAACGAGAAUCAAAGCGUCGCUUCUUUGAGCCUCGGUUGGUCCUCCGGUUCUUUCUCUCCCCGAUUAAGAUAUACUGAUCAAUCUCCGUCCACAUUUCCUCACCGCAAACAUUCAAAGAACACGUAAACAAGAUAGUUGCCAAGGAAAGAAAGCGCAGAGGAGUUCGAUCCCCGCCCCGGCCCAACCAAGGGGUUUAAGAAAUGUUGGUAGUGGGAAACCACGGCUUCAUAAUCCCCAGCCGUCACACACAAGGACGGAUAUGUCACUGGAGCCAGUCCACUGAUUAUCACUGAUCAGGAUAGGACCUCGGCUAAUCGACUUGGGGCGCCGACGCCGCUCAAGCGGUACAGCGGCGUAAGAAGAAGAAGAAGAAGAAGAAGAAGAAAGAAAGCGCAGAGGAAUCUGAUGAUUUCGAAAUUGACGAAAAAAAGAGAAUAAUAAAGAGUAAGUGAAAGAGAAGUCUCUCGAACCUCGGUAACAAAAAUCGACGUUUCUGAGCGAUUCCAGGAACCUUUCGAGCAUGCUGACGCUUCUAAAGUGGUCACUAGUAAUGCCCCGACACGUUCGAUUCGCUAGUUGCUUAAGAAAUGAGUUGGGUCAAAAUAGUCGAAUUUGUCUUUUUAAAAAGAUUCAAACUCACUAAGGAAUGGUCUCUAUUCGCAGUGGGACUUCUGAAUGAGACUAGGUUCACUAAACGCUGAUUCCGAAUCUGGUCUCAAAGACUGCCCUCGAGGCCUGUGAAAAAAGUUAGGGACCUUCAAAGUCGAAAAAUGUCAGUCUUGCGAAUAUUUUGUUUAAAUGAGCCUAACGAGGGUUUAAAAUGUUUCAGUUACACUAGAGGAAACCAAAGAAUUUUCGAGUCUCAAGUUGAAUGAAUCGGCAGACGUCGUAUCGAUAAGUCAAUGAUGGAAAUUUUGAGAACUUCUUUCAACAUUAGUAAAAAUCUGCGACCUGGUGCUCAUUUUUUCCAGGAGCUUUGAUGGUUCUAAACGAGGUACUGCUGACUCUCUCGGCUUUUAUCUUCUGUGAAAUUCAUUUUUGGCAGGACAGAAAAGGUUGCGUUUUUUUUCUUUAUUUUUCAAUAUCUGCUGAGUUGACGUUCUGUUGAAAACCUAUUUGGCUGCUUGUUUACGCAUCCCUACAAAAUUGAGAUUUCUUUUUCAUGAAAAAAAAAGUUGGUGAAGAUUCCAAAGGGAGGUCGAACCACCCUCAAGGUUCUGAAAUCUAGCGCGGUCUACAUUUUACAAUUCUACUGGAAAUGAGUGCUUUGGGAAAAUUUUAGAAUAUUCAAAACUAUGAGUGAAAUUAGCUGUAAGACACCUUCGACCUGGACAAUCCAUUAAUUUCAGCUUUUGUUCUAUCGUCCAAUUUUCUAUCUCUCUACGUCGUCUUCGCCAUCUCAAAGUUGCUGAUGCGCAGUUGUAUGGAGGUGUAGAUCUCCAAUUUGAAGUGGUAUUUCUAAAUUAUGCAGGGAGUUUGCUACGCGUCACUGGGGAGAAUAUUCGGAGCAAUCGUGGUUUUUGUGAGUUAUCCCGUGAUGGCCAACGAUGUAGACUCAUAUGUUAGAGAAAUCUACUGCGACACUUUUGGUUCGUUUUCUAUUAAAACUUUUAAAUUGAAAGUUGUUUAGUUAACUGAAAUUUUCAGGGCAUGAGCGAGCUUUCUAUUCUCACGUUUUUUUUUUGUUUUCCAAAUAGCUUUUCUGCUUUCUAAUUGAAUUUUUUUCAAUUAAAGUAGAAUGGAUAAUUGAUGCCGCCUUCCGUUAAAACUCAUUUCGAUGAAAUUCAAAAUCAAAAUGAAAAAAAGCGGUACUGGAAAACGUAAAAAAUUCGUAAAAUAUAGAUAGCCCAUUCUAUUAUUUUCUUCGGUUUUGUAACAGUGCUUCCGAAAAAAAAACCAGCUCUUUUCCUGCAGUACUGCCGAAUGUUCCGCUGGCGCAGAUGUCGACGCUCGGAGUGAUGGCGGCCAACUUCGCAUGGGACCUUCAUUGCUCUAGACGGCUCCACUUCGUCUUCACAAGCACUGCCGACGAGGAGCCUAUUCAUUGGACUGGAGCCAAGGAUCCGCCCAUCCGAAGCGCGCUCAACAUCCAUAUCGCCGCCGUCGAAGACGUCCUUAAAAUACCGCCUAUCUUAUUCUCCAGCGUUUCCGAUGAGUUUUGA